AUGGUGUCCAACAGGCACAUUGAUGGCAACCACAAACUAAUCCAGCCAUAUAAAAUUGUCAUUCAUGGUGGUUUAGAUGGUUUUUCAAGAAUGAUAGUAUUCCUUCAGGUAUCAACCAACAACAUGGCUUUAACUGUACUGCAGUAUUUCCUGUCAGCUGUUGAGCACUACAAUUUACCAUCAAGAGUUCGCAGUGAUCUUGGAAUGGAAAACAUAGAAGUUGCUCGCUUCAUGCUGCAAGAAAGAGGUUUGAAUAGAGGCAGCCACAUCACUGGAAAAUCUGUUCAUAACCAGAGAAUAGAGCAUCUCUGGUAUGAUGUCAACUGGGUUAUUGUGAGCCACUUUUUUAACAUUUUCCUCUUUCUUAAGCACAGUGGAAUUUUAGAUCCAACAGAUGAGGUGCAUCUGUUUUGUAUUCAUCUAGUUUACAUUACACUGAUUAAUAAUGCAAUUAACCAAUUUAUCGGUCAGUGGAAUAAUCCUCCUGUAAGCACACAAUGCAAUUUCUCUCCCAAUCAGCUCUGGAUACAAGGAAUGCUACAUUUCAGAAAUUCUGGGUAUAAGGCUGUGACAGAUGUGACUGCCAGCAAGGCUGUUAAUUUAUUCAAUCAUUAUGGGAUUGGUGAAUAA